AUGGUGAUCUCUCGGUCUCUAGCAGCCAGGCAGGAGGUUGAAGGAAAGGUGAUGUUUGGCUCCAUCACCCUCCCACUCCAGGAAUAUAUCAAAGUUCUUGGAGUGGACCUAGACCGAGAGCUCCGAUUUGACCGCCACCUCAAGCACGUUGCCCACCAAGCCUCUCUCCGGGUCUCUGCCUUACGAAGGGUAGCUGGAUUACUGGACAAACGUGGAAUCCAACUGCUGUACAAGGCCCAGAUAAGACCCUACCUGGAGUAUGGGGUCCUGACCUGGAUAUCCAGCGUGGCUACACACCUGCAACGGCUGGAUAAGAUCGAGCGACGUGUGCAGCGGCUGUUGGAGGGUACACCCCCCCCGCCGCCACCACAACAGGAAGAGAGAUCCCUGGACACGCUGGAACAUCGUCGUGACGUCGCAGCACUGGUGGUGUUCCACAAGGCCCAGGUGCAAGGCGUAUCUCACCUGGCAAGACUACAGCUCUCCCCGCAAGUGGCUCAAAGAGAUACGAGAACGGUACUCUCCAGCCACGAGCAAGUGGGGGUGCCAAGGUCUCAGCACCAGAGGACCUUCAUCUCCAGAGUGGCUCGCUUGUGGAACAAGUUCAUUACAGUAGUGCCAGCAGUGAGUGAAAUGACUGCCCAGCAGGUGAAAACUGCUGCUCACAGGUGGCGAGGAUCAUGCCCCACACCAAUGGUGCUAUUAACUAAUUAG